AUGUCUCCCUCGCUUCACCCUCUCCUGGACAACGGCAUCACCAAAGGUGACCCCAACUUCCCCGGUGGUAACCUCUACUGCAAAUGCUCUUCCGAUAAGGUCGUUGUUAAGCUGGCCAGCAACGUCGCUCACAACCACGCCUGCGGCUGCUCCAAGUGCUGGAAGCCCGCCGGUUCGCUGUUCUCCAUCGUCGGCGUUGUUCCCCGCGACGCCGUCUCCGUCACCGAACACGCAGAGAAGUUGUCCAUCGUUGACGCGUCCGCCGCCAUCCAGAGAUAUGCCUGCAAGGGCUGCGGGGUGCACAUGUUCGGUCGCAUCGAGAAGGACCACCCCUUCAAGGGCCUGGACUUUGUGCACGCCGAGCUGUCCGAUCAGAAGGGCUGGCAGGAGCCUCAGUUCGCGGGAUUCGUCUCCUCCAUCAUCGAGCAGGGCUUCCACCCCAAGGGCAUGGAGGAAGUGCGCUCCAAGUUCCACUCCCUGGGUCUCGAGACAUACGAUGCGCUGUCGCCGGCAUUGAUGGAUCUGAUUGCCACCUUCACGGCUCAACGAGCGGGGGUGUUGUCUGCCAACCUUUAA